UGUCAAGCUUCCGUUCCACGGAGGCCCUGUUUAUAUGUUUGUAGUGGUGCAACGAGAAACUCUUGUGUUCUGGGCGCUAAAUAUGGCAGAAGACCGCAAGGAUUCGCCACUGUGGUUAUAAUUGAAAGCGUGUUGGAAGUUUGGGAAAUGGGAAAUUUUAGCUUUACAGACAUUCCAGCGCUACAUCUGGGGAUGGAAAGGACACUGCAUGCUGAUGGAUGACUAUGGCAUCUUUGGCUCCCGCUCUGGACAUUGCAGCAGCAGGGAUGCCGCAACAGAUCCUGUCGGUGCCCAUGCAGAAUAAAUACCAAUGUCAGCAGUGCAGCGGCGUCCUCCGGAAGCCAGUUCAGGCCCCGUGUGGCCACAGAUUCUGUGCUCAAUGUCACAAGCUUCUCACCAGCUCGGGACCCAAGCCCUGUGAAGCAUGUCAGGCGGAGGAGAUUUUCGAAGCAGAGAUAUCCAUCCUCAAGAUCAGCAACGCUUUUCCAGACAAUGCGGCACGGAGAGAGAUUGAAGGUCUACCCGCCAGCUGUCCCAGCGAAGGCUGUAAUUGGAAAGGAAUCGUGAAAGAUUACGAGGUGCAGCAUGAAGGAAAGUGUAAAUAUGAACGCAUCCUGUGCAAAGCCUGUCACCAGCCAGUCAUGCGCAGUGAUCUGGAGCGGCACAGUGACAGGGUAUGCGAGGAGAGGACCCUCAACUGCAAAUACUGCAAAGCCUCCUUCAGUUUCCGUGACAUCAAGGCUCAUGACGAAGUAUGUCAGAAAUUCCCCAUCCAAUGCAAAGACUGCGGCAAAAAGAAGAUCCCACGAGAAAAGUUUCCUGAACACAGUCGGUCCUGUGGGAAGUCCAAGGUUUCCUGUCCAUUCAGUGUGCUGGGUUGCAGAACCGUUGUAGAGAAUGAGAAGCAGGCUGAGCAUGAGCAUUCCAGCAUCUCGGAGCACUUGCGCCUCCUGCUGGACCGAUUAUGCCAGAUACAGCAACUGGCAGAGGAUCCUGGGGAAUGGCAGAUGGACUCGGGACUGGGGCUGUAUCUUGCGCCUGAGGAAAAGGAGACGCCAGUGAGUCGAGUGGGCCAGACCACCAACCUGAAGCAGAAGACGACAGCACUGGAGAACAUUGUGUGUGUGCUCAACCGAGAAGUGGAGAGGAGCUCAUUCACCUUGGAGGCGUUCUCCCGGCAACACCGGCUGGACCAGGAGAAGAUCGAGAACCUCGCAAAUAAGAUACGGCAGAUGGAGCACACACUCACUCUGAGGAACAUCCAGCUGACCGAGACGGAGCAGAAGGUGCAGGAGCUCGAGUUCUGCACCUAUGACGGCGUCUUCGUCUGGAAGAUUACAGACUUUGCCCGGCGUCGCCAGGAAGCCUUGGCGGGUAGAUCUCCUGCCAUGUUCUCUCCAGCUUUCUUCUCCAGCAAGUACGGCUACAAGAUGUGCUUGCGACUCUACCUGAACGGCGAUGGCACAGGUCGUGGAACGCACCUCUCGCUGUUCUUUGUGGUAAUGAUGGGGAAAUACGAUGCCCUGCUCAAGUGGCCCUUCAGCCAGAAGGUGACACUGAUGCUGCUGGAUCAGAACAAUCGCGAGCACAUCAUUGACGCCUUCCGACCCGACGUCAACUCCAGCUCCUUCCAGAGGCCCACCAACGACAUGAACAUCGCGAGCGGCUGCCCUCUCUUCUGCCCACUGGCCAAGCUGGCUGGCAAGAGCUCCUACUUGAGAGAUGACACCAUCUUCAUCAAGGCCAUCGUGGACCUCACAGGCCUCUAGCAGUCCUGGGCUGGGCUGUGUUGCACUGUUUGGCAUCUGUGGAAGAUGGCCAUUAUAAAAAGCAAGCAAACUAUUUCAAUAAAAAUUAUAUUAAUUAUAAUUAUUGGCAGCAAUGAGGAUUGAAAGGCCACAGUAUUCAUCUGAUAGACUGAUAGUUUGAUGUUUUGAAGCCUCAUUUGCGCCAUACACUAAUAAUAAUUAUUAAGAAUAAUAAAUAUAUCAAAUCCAGCUAUAUGUACAUAACAUGUACAUUAAGUGUGCUAUUAAGUACAGUGGUGCCUGCAGUUCACAAACACAAUCCGUUCCAGGAAAGCAUUAAUUUGUACUCGAACCAAGGCAAUUUUUCCCAUACGGAAGCAUUGAAAUUCGAGUAAUUCAUUCACAAGCCUACCACAUAUUAUUUUUCGUUAAUUAAUUUCCAGGUUUUUAUAGUGAAACUAACAAGAAAAACACAAAAUAUUAUGUAGCGACGGGCGGACCGAGGCAUCGCGAGAGCAGAGAGAGACUUGACGGAGAAAUCGUGCUCUUUAUUAGUAGUGUUUAUAAAUACCACAGCAGAUACCCAACGGGCACCGAACCGAAUACACAAACGGGCAUCACAAGGUAGUCAGACGGCGAACUGCAAGAUGCACACACGAUGGAAGAUUUACAGGCACUAAAUACACGCGAGGAUCAGACCGGGUACAUACAAGACACGAGCAAACACGCGCGACAACGGAAAUGCAACCAUUAACAAUUACAACAACAAUAAGAUCUUCGGGCUAGUUACAAUUGCACGUGGGGCAUGCUGGGACAUGUCUCCCGCCGGUGAUACGCUAGUAUAAAAAGAGGAAUCUGUUCGUCGACCAGAUUUUGUACGCGAACCAAUGCAUUUUUGGUCGCGAACCAAAUUGUUCGUAGGUCAAUGCAUUCGUGAACCACAGGCACCACUGUAUUUCGAAUAGUGAAUAACGUAUCCAUCCGUCCAUUUUCUAACCUCUUAACCUGAGCAAGGUUAGGGGGUAAAUUAGUUCAUCAUCACUUAAUAUACUUAUACUUAAUAAUACAUAUAGUACUAUUAGUUGGAUAUUAUUAUUACCAGCCAUAGCCCAAAAUAUUUCAGCAUUUGCCCUUUGGUAGCAUCUGCUUGUCCCAGGUCUGCUUGAAGGGCGAGACAGAGAGCAAAGACAUAUACUGGCCAUUGUAGGCACUGCAUUAUCACCUAGAGCUUUUCUGACUGUUUAAAAAAUAAGCUUGAUAUGUGAGAGCAUGAUAUCUAUCUAACUUGUAUUUAGUCAGCUUAUUCACCAGUGCUUCAUGAAUCGGAGGAUGACAUCAAGUAACUUUCAAAAGGAAUGGGGAAGUGCAUUGCUAGGACAGUUCAUAUCAGGCUCCUACAAGCAGGAAUGGGGUCCCACAAAGCAAGGAAAAAGCCCUUCAUUAAUGAGAAACGGGGAUGAACCAAGCAAGUUGGCAGAAUAAUGUAUACACAGGCGCAUGGCCAUAAAUUGAGAAAUGAAUGAAACUAAAAUUUUUGCUGCAGUCUUUUUCACGAGGUGUAAUUUUCACCUGCAGUAUUUUUUUUUGCCUGGUGGAUGUAACUCUGCCAAGCUUUGCAUGCAUCCGGUGUGCAAUCCCCAGCAUAUCUAUCAAAGCCUACUUAAUAUUCCUAGUUGUAGUUUAAUAUUAAAACUUAGUUCAUAUUCAACUUGUCUGCAUACCGUUAUGGUCAAGCAGGCAGACUUUGUAUACAUACAAGUUGUGCUUAGCUUAUGUGUACAGCAAUGACUUUCCAGUACGCCAGAAGACUACCUAUUACUUGCGCUUGUGCAGUCGAUGCAUGUGAAGUUUGAUAGACCCAAAAUCUAGGCUCAACAUCCCCAAUGAAAUUUAUGACAUGCGCUCUGUGCACAGAUGGCACAUGGCUGAGUGCUGUAUGAACUAGGCUUCAGUCCAUUUAGUCUUUUCACUGUGUAUUUAUGGGGCACUGUAUUAAAGGUGAAAGGUUUGGGGGUGGUGAUACACUAAGAUGUAAUGGGCAAAAAUGCUCUUAGCGUUUUACUCUUUGGGUUGGGACCCCAAACUGCACCAUAGACUCUGUGAUGCUGAUUAUUAAAGUACUGUGCAAAAGUCUUAGAAUAUGAUAUUUAAAUGAUCUUCAUGUUGGUGCAAAACAUUGCCAUUAUGUCAGUUAAAGUGAUCCAUUUUGACAAUUUUAAAACCUUUUCUGAAGUCAUCCCAGUAUUUAAAGCAACCAUCCAAUGCACCAAUUUUUUGACUACAUCACUAGUGCACCUCAUAUGACUAAUCAAUACCUCACUUUUUAAACCCAGACUUUUAAUACUAUUGAAAUGAAUUAAUGUUAACCUGUGAUAAAACAUGUCAAAUACCUGGAAUGAUAGAGGUGAGUUUGGGAACUGAAGCUGAGUUCAUCUAGUAAUCCAACAAAAAAUAAUCUUGUUAGUUUUUAUUGUGUUUCUCUCAAUAUGCAUAUAAAUUGUACUAAAUUGUGAUUUUUAUUCUGGGCAAAUACCUGUACAAGAAAGACGGCUUUAAACAUUUUCUUUGACUUUUGCACAGUUCUGUAUACAUGCUUUGUUUUAGCAUCUACUAAAUAAAUAACGUAUAACAUCCAGUUUUAAA